AUGGAAGUGAUGAAGAGUCUGUUCGUAGCUGUGUGUGUUUUCCUCUUCGCGGUACAAUGUCAAGGGCAAUUGUCAUAUUCAUAUCAUCCUAUGGGACGCGAUGAGAUAGCAGACGACUCGGUAAGGAAGGAACUGAAGUGAUAAAUUGCUUAUAACGAUAGAUAUCUUUGAAUGAAAUGUGUCAGAGCCUAUAGGUUCGGUAGGACACAAAACUAUUGAAUUGAUUUUGCUUUAAUUUCUUAUUUUAUAGUUUCCCUCAUCAGAUUAAGGCUUUUUUCAACAUUCAACUCAGAAAGUUAUUAUUAUAUGAACUGGAUUUUAAAAGCCAGCGAGUAUCUUUUUUUAUAGUAGGCGUGAGGAGUCUGGGUGCUCUAUUUCACCUAUACGUACCUAAAAACAAGCAUGUGUUGAUCAAAUUGACGGAUAAAUAAAUAGCAGUAGAAGUGGGCUGAAAAGAGGUUGAAAUUAAGUUGACGACAAAUACUAAAUUGGUUUCCUGUUUGCAACUGUGAAUUUAAUACAAAAAGAUUAAAUCAAACUCGCUUUUUCUUUCAUGCCUUUGGAUUGCACUAAACGUGCACGGACGUUUUUACUCUUCUCACAUCUGAGAGUCUACCUAAUCAUAUUGCUAUUACGUUUAUUCUUCAGGAGUCCCUAGCAGCACCAUACAGAGUAAUCUUACACAACAGGAGAUUUAUGAAAGUACCACGCAACCGUAACAUUCGACCUGCAUACAACAGCAUGAUUGGAAAAGACUCUUUGGAAUAUGACACGACAUCCCGUGCUUUUUCGAAAGAAUACGAAGCAAAGUGA